CAAAUCACGUCAGGAAAGGAAGUAGCCAAUUAAAGAGCGUGCUAAUGCGAAAGAGAGAGGCAACCGGAGACAGAGAAGGAAAAAGAGAAAGAGUGAGCGAGCGAGAAAGAUGUAUGGAGGGAAGGGAAGCUAUAAGGACAAUGACUGCGAUGAGACGAAGAGGGAGAAAUGAAUAAGAAGGAGUGGUUGCGACUGUAAGAGCGGGAAGCCGAUAUAGAAAUUUAUUUGGUUAUUAUUUUUUUCUGUCGGUAUUUGCAAUAUGCUUAGUCGGUGCGUUACCGUUUUUAUGUUGCUGUUAUUAUUUUAGUGGAUACACCCUUCGGCAAGUUUUGUUUUUCUAAUCUAAACCCAGGAUUUGGAUAUUCAUUUAUAUUAUAAUCGACGAUUUUGAUAUUUUAAAGUUAGCCUGACAUGUUCCAUAGUUGGAUGUACCCCAUCUGUAACCAGUAUUGUCCAAUAUGAAAAAUAACAGCAGUAAUCUUCAUGACAGUGUUGUCAUUGAAGCUACAUCUUAUAACAAACUUCUCUCUCAAUUUGAAGAUUUUGUAGCGUCUUCGGACUUUCCACCAGUACAAGAUUUAACAAGUGCAAAGACAUCAAGUAUUUCAUUAAUACCUACAAGUUUCCAGAAUAUUACAGCAUACAAAACUGAUGGCUUUUCCCAUCCAACUCCAACAAUUACUGUAUCUGCAACUAGAAAUGAAAAUUCACUUCCAAGAAAAUUAUCACUAGUGUCUAAUGGUAUUGUAAAAAAAUUAGUUAAAAAUAGACAUGGCAUUCCUGUGUCUUCAUUACUCAGAGAUCCUAGAGUCAAUAAAAUGAAGCUUGUAACUGAUGUGCAGUGCAAUGGUACCAAUGUUGUUCAUGGCACAUCGAAUCAAAACCAAGUUAAUGUGGCAUCAAUUACUGAUGUUGAGAAUUCAGAUCCACUCCAGUCAAAUGUGUUGAAGCCUGUCAGUUCUAAAUUGGCUGGAAACCAAACAAUUAAACCAAAUAGUGAAACUAACCAAACUGGAAACUCUGCAUUAAAUGAUACAAAAGACUCUAUACCACCAAUUGUUCUACCAGAAUUAUCUUUUACAAGGCCAGUUAAAAAAAGUGCUUCGGCAGAUGAAUUUCCAGACUUACUGAAGCCUCAAAAUUUAACAAGAUAUGUUGAAUUAAGUUCAUUAAAAAGUCAAGAUAAUAACAAUAAUAACUCUUCUAAGAAGCAAACUAUUCAGUAUAAGCCCUAUUAUAGUCAUUUAAGGGAUCAUGACUACACACUUAAUUGUCCUAGAUUUAUUCCUAAAGAAAAGAGUACUACUACUACUACUACUACUACUACUACUACUACUACUACUACAACAUCAUCAACAAGAAGGUCAUUUAUAAUUCCAAAGAAAAAGAAAAAAAUUAGUGAUGACCAAUGCUUAGAUAAUUCUGUGAGCAAUACAAACAAAGACUCAGAUAACCCUAAUACGCAGGAAUAUUUUUCUAACGAUCCACAAACUAAUAGCUUAAAACUUGAAAAUGAAAAUUCUAGUUCUUCAAAUGUACAGACAGCUAAUUCAACAUCUUCACCCCUACCUGUUAGUUCUGAUGAUACAAAGGAUGUGCUUCAUGAAGAAAAACGAGAAACAGCUGAAGUCUCUUCAGACUUUGAAUCUGUUGAAAAACAGAAUAUAUCAUCUUGUGGAUUAAGUGCCCUGCAUGAUUAUGUUAGCAGUGAAAAUCCAUUUGAUUGUCGAAAUGUUGACAAUCAUGAUUUUCGCACUUGUGAUAUGUGUAAGGAUUUCUUCCCGAAACCUAAUUCUGGUGAGAAAUGCAAUGAUGAUGUUUUUCCUGAUGUUGUACCCUGUCAGAUGUGUUGUCACUUAAGUGAAGACAAUUUGACUGCAAACUAUGUAAAACAUUGCAAUGUAAAUAGUCCUCUAGGUCACUUGAAUCCAUGUGGUUUGUUGUCUUGUCCUACAGAUGAAGCAAUCAAUGCUUGUAUUUUUGAUUAUCCUAAUGAUAAAGAAUUGGAGAAGAUUUCUUCUACAGAUGUUGAAGGGAUCUUAGACUCUGAUAUGUUAGAUUUUACUAGUUUAAAAACAAUUGAUCAGAACCAUUUUAAUCUCAAAAAUUCUCUGGAUUUGUUGAUAUCACCGUCUUUAAGACACAAUCAAAAAACUUAUGAAAAUUUCUGUAACUUCCCUAAUGAAACAACAGUAAAUAUAUCUUAUGAAAACGAUGAUAAUCUAAAAGAAAGUAUUUUAAAUGAAAAUGAUUUUUUAUUUAUUUCUGAACCAGUUAAAACCUCUGUGGAUAGUCCUUCAACAACAAAAAUUAGUGAUCAAGCAGUUAAUGAGAAUACAUCUAAUAAUGAAAACUCCCCCAUGGAGGAGGAUCCUCUUUAUAAAUCAGAUGAAAAAGAUAUGAGUAUAGACAAUGAUGGAUCAGAUGAUGAAGUUCUGUUAAAUAAAGUGCCAACAUAUUUAAGUGGGCUAUCAAUAGAAGCAAUUAACAGCAAACCUAAGAUUAGUUAUCAAUCUUAUAUUGAUAAUGAGAUUGAUACAUCUGACUUUAUCAAAAAUCCUUCUCCUGAACAUGUGACUGAGCUUUGUAAGAUCCCAGCAUACCAUCAAUCUUUCAGCAAUAGUACAAAGUAUGAUAUAAAUUCCUCUUCUCUGGUUCAUAAAUAUCCUUGGAGUGAAAGGAGAAAAAGUGCGAUACGUCAUCAUCAGCAGUUUGACUCUGAUUGUGAAACUUCAAAAAGUUGUCUUUCAUCGUCCAGUUCACCAUCACCUUCUGAUUCUCCAACUGAAGAAUUUCCAAGCUGGUCACAGUCAAGUUCAAGGUCAACGUCUCCUAGUAGUGAUUCUAGAAGUGGUCAGUUUUCCCCCUACAGUGAUUACACAUCAUCACGGGAUCGAUCCCCAUCACCAUUCUCGCGGCAUCGAAGUAGAUAUUCAUUACAGAAAGUUUCAAGACAUAAUCGAAAUUAUUCUCGUAUUCGUUCUCCUUACAGAUAUUCUAAUCAUCACAGAUCUAGACGGCGAAGCUCUCUGACAAAGUACCAUGACAAAGACACACAUCAGGAAGAGCGCCGUAUUGUCUAUGUUGGCAAAUUACCUCUUAAUUACACCUCUAAUCAACUAAAGGAGUUAUUUAGUAAAUGGGGCCCGGUAGAAAAAGUCAGCUUACAUUUCAGAGAGCAUCACGAUAAUUAUGGAUUUGUUACAUUUUAUCACCAAAGUGAUGCCUACCUUAGUAUGGAUGCAACUAGUAAAAUAAAAGAUUUUCCAUUUGAUGUUUGUUUUGGUGGACGGAGAACAUUUUGUCAAGAAUCUUAUGCUGAUCUUGAUGGUUUGGUGGAAGAUGAAGAGGAGUUUGGAACAGUAAUCAAAACAUCUAAUGUGUCGUUUGAGCAACUUUUAAAAGAAUGGAAACGUGACAGGAAACAUUGACAACAUUAGGGUUUAAGAAAAAUUUAUAAUUAGUAAAGCAAUGGAAAAGCCAGCUUUUUUUUUUUCUUCUUCUUUUGAGGAGAC